AUUGAUAAUUUGAUAUUAUAGAAAGCAGACCGAAAGAGGGAUGGGAUGAUGCUGAACCGUUUUGGCUGGCCGGGAAGUCCAACCCCAAAAAGCAUCUCAUGACCUCCUCUUACAAGAACUUGAAUUUUUGAAUAUUUUGUGCUCUUUCUUCCACUAUACUCAAUCAAUCAAUUUCAGCAUUCGAAGCACACCCACUUCGCCGCUAGUACUGAGCCAUCAGAACUGCAACUCAAUUCCAGAUCUUCACCCAUUCUGUCUUUCCUCUCAGGUGAAUCCCAAUUACUCACACUAGACAGACAUUCCGUUAGAUUGAAUGGUUUCAUGCAUGACAAAUCAAUAUGCCAGGAACAGUGAAGAGAGAAACUCAUAAAAAUGUUGAGAAACUCAUUCAAAUUAAAAAUGGAACAAAAAAAUCUCUCAAGAAGAGGCCAAAGGUAAAUCCAAAACAUCAAAAGACUAGUUCAUGUUUGUCAAAGAAGAUGGUUAUUGAAAACCCAUGUGAAGGGAAGGGGAAAGGCUCUUCAAUAGGAAAAACACUUCAAAAAGCAAUUUUUAGUAAAACUAAAUCACCAGAAAAGCAGUCUGCAUUGACCUGCAAAGUACGGAAGCUUCAGAAAGUUGAUUCCAAGAAAAAUGGGGAAAAUGAGGAGGCUGACAUUGAAUAUGAUAGGUUAAAGAAAAGGAAAAGGGCAAAGAGAAGGAAGCGCAAUGCAGAGCUUGAUGAGGUUUCUCGUUUGCACAGGCGGACUAGGUACCUCCUGAUAAAAAUGAAACUGGAGCAGAACCUGAUUGAUGCUUACUCCACAGAAGGUUGGAAGGGCCAGAGUCGGGAAAAAAUUAAGCCAGAAAAAGAACUGGAGAGGGCGAAAUUGCAAAUAUUAAAGUGUAAGCUUGGGAUAAGGGAAGCAGUUCGCCAACUGGAUUUGCUGAGCUCUGUAGGGCACAUUGAUGAUGAAGUUAUUGCUCCAGAUGGUUCUGUCCACCAUGAACAUAUAAUAUGUGCAAAAUGCAAAUUGCGUGAUGCUUUCCCAGACAAUGAUAUCAUACUUUGUGAUGGAACAUGUAACUGUGCUUUUCAUCAAAAAUGUCUUGAUCCUCCGCUAUCAACAGAAAACAUUCCUCCAGAUGAUGAGGGCUGGUUUUGCAAGUUGUGUAAGAUUAGGAUGGAGAUAAUUGAAUCUACAAAUGUUCAUCUUGGGACCCACUUUGCUGUGGACAGUAAUUGGGAGGAUAUCUUCAAAGAAGAAGCUGCUUUGCCUGGAGGUGGGGAUUCCUUGCAAUGUCCUGAACAUGAAUGGCCAUCUGAUGACUCUGAAGACGAUGAUUAUGAUCCUGAAAAAAUUGAGAAUAGCAGUAGCAAGAGUACUAGUAACCGAGAAUCUGAUGAUUCUGAUGAUGCAAGUAGUUCAACCAGUUUGGGCUCGCUUGAGGAUGAACUGUUUGCUUUUACUGGAAGGCCAGAGAAGAGUAUUGGAUUUGAAAACAACUCUGCUGACAUCAUUGCUAUGUUAGAUUCCGAUCAGACAACUGAUUUUGAUGUUUUAAAUGGCCCUAGACAGAGAACAAGUGUGGAUUAUAUAAAGCUAAAUGACGAAUUAUUUGGUAAGAAUCCUCCUAUGAAUGAACAAAAUAGUGAAGAUGAAGACUGGGGUCCUACAAAAAGAAAGCAAAAGAAAAAGGAGUUUGAAUCGGAUGCAGCCAGCACUCUUAUGACCCUUUGUGAAAAUGAAAACGAUUGCCAGGAAAAGCAAUCUACCGAAGUAGAAGAGAAAUCAUAUAGUGGAAAAACUAGAAGGUCAAUAUUCAGGAUUCCUCCAAAUGCUGUUGAGAAGCUUCGCCUCGUGUUUGCUGAAAAUGAACUUCCAUCUAAAGAAGUGAAGGACAACCUUUCAAAGCAGUUAGGCCUUGACUCUGAAAAGGUGAACAAGUGGUUCAAGAAUGCUCGUUAUCUUGCAUUGAAGGGUAGAAAGAAGGUAGAGAAAACGAAUCCGAGCAAAGCUGUUAGUCCUAUAGCAUCAGAGGAAUGUGCAGCUGAUACGGUUAAAGGAAAAAUUACAGAGGAAGUUACCGCAAAAGAUAUGGCCACUGAACGUGCAGUUCAAACACCAAAGAAUCUGAAACGAACCCAUAGGAGAAAGAGUGCCCACAAGCUGAUUUGUAAAUCAAAGAAAAUACAGCUAAGGAAAGCUGUGCGGCAGUCAAUAGGCAGCAACAAGGCAAUUGUAGAAUUUGGUGAUGAUAUGAGUCUCAAACUUCUGAGAGAGCGAGUGAAGAAGGAGAAAAGAAGAUUAUGUUUCAAUGGAAAAGGUGGAGGAGAGCUGGAAGCUGAAGCUGAAAUGGAAAGGCUGUGUAGAAUCAAGAACAAGGUAGAAAGACUCCAGCUGGUUCUGUUAAGGCUUCGUGAUGCUCGUUAUAACAAAAUGGUGGAAUCACCUACACCAAAUUCUCCGUUUAUGUAUGUACCUGUUGCAGAGAUCAAAGAGAAAACACAGGUUUCCUGAUAUAUUCUUUGUAUGUUUAUAGAGGAUAUAGGACCUUGUAGGCCAGCUGAAUAGGGGUAUAAGGCUCAAUAUAAAAGGUUUCGGGAUCACUACUUGCUCCCCUCGGUUGUACGAAAAAUUAGAAAUGAUGGAGGCUUUUGGGUAAAAGGUUCAAAAUGAAUUUGCUGAAGCAGCAGAUUCAUGUUUUAAUGUAAUCACAAGUCUUCAUUUUGUAUGUAUAAUAAUAAUAAUAAUGUAGGUAAAUCUAAAAUUGCUAA